GCUUUCUUCCCAAGCAAGUAUGAUAUAUUAAAGGAUAAAAAUAUUCAAGUGUUGGACUGCCAAGGGUUUCAAUUCUUUUUUAUCUGUCAUUGUAUUUCCUGCCUACGUGCUCACGAUCGGAGGUACCGUGAAUCAACUGAUGAACCUUGGGGAGAUGGUUUCGGCUUGAGGAAGGUUUUGAAUUCAUGUUGUCAUCCCAGUUUCCCUUGUACUGAAAUCAAGGGACAGUGACAACGGAUCCGAAGUGCAGGAACCAGGCACUGUGAAACAGAGCAUAGACACCCGUACUCCGGGGGUCUAUUACCAUGGGAUUACACUUUUCUUCAUCAGCAUCCUAUGUAACAUUGAUUGAUGCGUCUAUUUCGCGAGUCUUCUCUUCUUGAUACCAAAUUUGUUCUUGGAUUCUUUUCGUAUUUACGUUUGACCCAAAUUCUGACAGAACUUUUCACCGGAAGUAAAGUCUUUUUAUUCAAGUGACAGGCUGGUUUUUGAAGAACAGAUAGCCAGGAGCAGGAAGCUACACUACAGUUAUUCCUCCGUCAUUAACUCUCCAUUACGACAGGGGUAAAGUGUGAUAGCAAGAGAAGUUUCAUUUGUCAUAUUCCUGUGCCUCUUCUACUCUCGUUUCCUAAACUGAGACCUGGGCAUUUGCCGAUGCAUUGUCUCGGGCACUUCUUCUCAUCAAACAUAUCAUGGCAGAACGGUAUGUCUAUAAUAAAAAGGCUAGAGAAGAGCUAAAAGCCGCCAAAGACAUUGCAGAUCGCUUGGCCACCAGAGGAUGGUGUAACAGUAUAUGCCAGGGAAGAGAAUGCAGUGCAUCGUAUAAUUUCGUGAAUACCCAAAACAACCGUCCGCACUCGUCGCUUUCCGACCAACAAAACAUGGGUACCUUGGAACUAAGUCUUCGCUACCCGACGGGGGUUCACGUCGGGAUGGAACCCGAAUGCAAUGGCUUCCAUGGCCUUGAUGAACACGAUGAACAUGAACCAGAGGAAGACGUGUGGACUCUGAUGAGCAUGAUGCACGCUAUGAUCGUGGUUACCAUGGUGUUCGUCCUUGACACAGCUCAAGUCUUCCUGCGGGACUCAACAGAAGCUAGACCAGUCUUACUCAGGCACGUCGAAGGCUUCUUUAUAUUCCUUUACCUUGUCUCCAUAGCGUGGAUGAUCGUCGUCAUAGUACUAAAGAGACCGCUGCCCUCAAGCGACGACGAAGAGAGGCUCGAUACCCAGGCGGGUAGUCGAUAUUUAAAUGUCGGAUUGCUGUUUUUCGGUACAGGCAGUUGUCUGUGGGCCAUUAUGCGAACAGCAUCACAUAUCGAGAAGAAUGGUGGGCCAUGUGGCCCCCGAGGCAUCUUUGCCUUCGGAUCUAUUCUCAGUGUUGCCUUCACUAUGUUGCAGAUCUACUAUUUCUGGCGGUUCUCCCGUUACUGUAUAGUCAGGUGGCAGCCUUUGGCAAAAAUGGCCCUCAUGCACCUGUGCGCCAACAACGUGGCAGUAUGGGCACGAACAAUGAUAGAAGAGACCUGGGAGGACUUCUUGCUCAAGUACAUGAAAGGAUCGGCCUACGGUGGCAAGGGCGGGAAAGGGUACGACAAGGGAUCUUCAGGAAAGGGCUACGACACGGGUGGGACCGGCUACGACCCAACGGGAACCGGUGCGGCGUAUGAUGCUGGCACGGGUUACGGCCCAAGUGGUGGACCAAGCUACGGUGGAGGCGGCACGACGGGGUACAGUACUGGGGCACGGUUGCUGCAGGAACUGGUAGGGAACUACGCGGCUCAAGAUCCCGUGCCGGUGUUUGGAGCGUAUGCGGAUCCUGUGUAUGGCUACGGUUAUGGAGGUGCAGAGAAUACCUACGUGAACCCGCAUGGCGUCAUCUAUAACGGAUCAACCUUCGGAGGUGGAAAUGACACGAUCCCAGCAAUCGAAGAAUGUCUGGACGGCAAGUACGACACGGGUCUUGGCCUGGCUACCUACAAAGCUUCUGUGUUCUUGUAUUCCUUCACCGUCGAGUACAGUAUCAUCGGAGGUGCAAUGGCGUACGUCAUGUGGAGGAAUAUCGGCAGGAAAGUCCACACCAGCCACAAACCCACCAACAACACAGAAAUGAGUUUUAGCUUUGAAUGUGGUCUGUUGCUUGGAGUUCUGUGUACGAUGUGUGGUGUUAUCAUUCUCAUCCUUAACAUCAUUUACCUCGGUGACCCUGAGAAAUCGGAAGAGAGCUUCGUCAGUAUCCAUGGUUACCGAAUUUUCCUCAAUUUUGUCUCGAUACUUGGAUGUGUACUCGCUUUUAUCGGAAUACACAAAGGCGGCUGGCAGACGGAUCAUAGUGCUGGCCCUGCCCAUCGUGUGGAUGCCGCCCUUCUAUGGAUAUGUGUAACCGGUGUGUUUCUUCAAGGUAUCUAUACGUUUGUAGCUUCUGCGGCUUCUAUGGGUGUAUCCAAACAUGCAGGACUCAUCUGGGUGGAUGAAACAACUCAUUUGAUACAGACCGUCAUGCAGGUGAUUCUCAUUCUGGACGCAAUGCACCGCAAGCCGCCCGAAGACUUCAAGCAGACCCGAACCAAGCAGAUCAUCAUGUUCCUCUUGGUAUGCAACAUCACCUGGUGGCUGGUCAACACGUACGAGCUCAAAGGCGGCUACGACCUCUUCGCCCUCGAGAACAACUACUACGGCGCCACGGCCUGGUACGUCAUCGUCCACAUCGCCGCCCCUCUUAAGAUCCUCUUCCGGUUUCACUCUACCGCCUGCUUCUUCGAGAUCUGGAGCACCAAGGGAGUAGACCCGAAUGCUGGACAUUAGACCUGGAAUAACGGAUCGGUCAAUCAGCCACCAAUGGAUCCCGUGAGUUUAGUCACCCACCUCGGUCGGAGGUGGUGACAAUAUUUGAAAUACUGCAAUGUGGUGGAGGCACAAAAAUGAGCCAUAACAUUGGCAAAAUAGAGCCAAGUUGGCUAGACUCUGAGCAGAGAAUGCUUUGGCUGCUGGUCUUCCAUCGAGAGAAAAACCAUCCACAAAUGAUGGCGAACAAAGGGAUGCAUUUGUGAAUUUAACAAUAAGGCCUCUCGCUUGACUGCUACUUUAAGUUUGUGAAACCCGAUUCACGUACUGGUGUAUAUUUC